UGCAAGCGCCGUGCCACUUACGGAUUGCAUGUAUUGCAAUAGACUGGGUCGAUCGUGCGAGGGGAGUGAUGAAGCGACGAUUACGGUUCUCUCGCCCCCGUCGUCAUCCCGAGGCUUUCUUUUUCCAGUCAACCGCCAUGGAUGGGGGUGGUUAUGUGCAGACCUCGACCCAACGGCGACGCUACACCGGUCGAGUCGGCUUGGCAUAUAAAGGGAGGAGGCUAGUCGCAGAUCUACAUCUGCUCGCUGCCAGCUCCGUGCCGCUCAUCUUGUCUUCUACCUACAUCGACCUUGUUAGAUACUUGGCUCCGAAGAGUUCUGCAGUACGCCCGAGAAGACAUCCGCGGAAACGCUAGAACCAGCAGCAUGCCUUACCCCGACGAGUUCGAGGGUUUCAUGAUCGACGAGCUGGGUGAGCACACGAAGUUCAAGAGACGGACGUUUAAACCCAAGGUCUUUGGCGACCACGACGUCGACAUCCAGAUCGAGUGCUGUGGUGUCUGCGGCUCGGACGUGCACACCGUGACGGGAGGCUGGGGCGACGCGCCGACGCCGCUGUGCGUCGGCCACGAGAUUAUCGGUAAGGCGGUGAAGGUCGGGUCCAAGGUGGCCGACGUCCGGCCGGGCGACCGCGUCGGCGUCGGCGCCCAGAUCUGGUCGUGCCUCCGGUGCCAGCAGUGCGAGGGCGACAACGAGAACUACUGCCCCAAGAUGGUCGACACGUACGGCGCGCCGUACCCGCCCGAGGCCGACCCGCACGGGACCGUCAGCCAGGGCGGCUACUCCUCGCACAUACGCGCGCACGAGUACUUCGUCUUCCCGAUCCCGGACGCCAUCCCGUCGCACAUGGCGGCGCCGAUGCUCUGCGCCGGGCUGACGGUGUGGUCGCCCCUGGUGCGCGCCGGCAUCGGGCCCGGCAAGAAGGUGGCGGUGGCGGGGCUCGGCGGGCUCGGGCACUUCGCGGUGCUGUGGGCGGCGGCGCUCGGGGCCGAGGUGACGGUGCUGUCGCACUCGCCGCGCAAGGAGGCGGACGCGCGCCAGCUGGGCGCGGCGCAGUUCGUGUCGACGGCGGCCGAGGGCUGGGCGGGGCCGCUGGCGUUCGCGUUCGACCUCGUGCUGAACACGGCCGACGCGACGGACCGGUUCGCCAUCGGCGACUACCUGUCCGUCCUCAAGGUCGGCUGCCAGUUCCACCAGGUGGGCCUGCCCGACAAGGCGCUGCCGCGCCUCAAGCCCCAGAUGUUCAUGGCCAACGGCUCGAGCAUUGGCGCCAGCCACAUCGGCUCCCGCCCCGAGUGCCUCGCCAUGCUGAGGCUCGCGGCCGAGAAGAAGCUGACGCCCCGGGUGGAGACGCUGCCGGUGUCGGAGAAGGGGUGCGCGGAGGCUAUCGAGAGGGUGGUGAAGGGGGACGUCAGGUAUAGGUUUACGCUGGUGGACUACGACAAGGCCUUUAAGGUUUGAGGGGGCGUCGAUGAGUAGGAUGAGAGAGAGAGAAAAAAGGGGGCUUCGAAGUUCUUAGGACAUUCCUACGAUGCCGUUGUGCCGAGGCGCCCGUACGAAAUGAGAGCACUCGAGAAAUGGCAGGAUGCCGGUGACG